UAUAAGGUACUUGUGCUGCAAAAAUAGUGCAGCAUUAUCAAAAAUCUUUCUUAGGUUCUACAAUGUUCAAUUUGGUGCUCUUGACUGCAGUUCUCUGCCUGUUUAGUUUGAGUCAGGCCACUCUGCCGGACUGCAUGGGGAUCACAACACCACUAAUGCUGGAAGAGAACAACAAAAGUAUCAUGGGUAAAUGGAUCUUCCUUGAAGGCAUAGCAGAUCACCACUUGUUCACAUAUAUCUUGAAGACGUUGAACAGCUCGUGGAUAACGUUUGGCCCCAGAUCUCUUGCCAACUCUGUUACCCUCAGUCAAGGAAACAUGCUACGUGGAAAGUGUGAGUUCAGAGCUACAGAGGUAACUGUACAAGAUAGCACUAUUCAUAUCAGUGAAAAUGACACAAUUACAGAGGGCAAGUUCCUGCCAUCCUGUUUGGACUGUCUCACCAUGAGCUUCAUCAGCCAAAUACAAAAUGUCACCAUAAAAUCACUCUACUUCUUCAAGCGGGAAAGCAACAGAACUGAGUCUAAUAUGGACAUGUACUGGAAGCAAGCUGAGUGUCUUGGAUUUAAAAGAGAUGCCCAGUACUCCUAUGAUGGUGUAACAGAACUCUGUCAUGAGGCCAAGGACAACUCAUCUAACCAGAGGUCCAAUUUGGACAAGUCCGAUCAAUAAAUAAUGAACAUAUAAUAAUUUGUAUUAAUGGAAUAAGACAAACACUGUGCAAGCAUUAAAGUAUAUACAUUCACAGAUGUUAAUUCUAAGAGACUCUAACAAAACAUACUGUAUGUUUAUUUGAUAUAUGUAUGUCAUAAUGGCCAUUAAAGUAUACAUAAUGACGUAA